AUGAUGAACAAAUCGUCAAUCAUCUUGGGUACUCUUGUUUUGUUGGUGUCUUUGGUGACACUUGCAGAGAGUACUCACAAUUACAAGGUGUAUGUCGAUGUUAAUUCCAACUGCAUCACCUCCAAGUACAACAAAUGUGGUCGUCAUCCAUGGUCUGCCUUUCGUAAUCUAAAGGAAGCCUUGUCCUAUGUAUCAACCUACUUCCCAGGACAAGACUCUGACUCGGACUCUGACUCUGACGGAUGGGAUGACAACUGGUUAGACAUCUUUGGCUUCAAAAAGAACAACGGUGGCGGUAAAGACUCUCACGACUGUUUCCCAACCAUCUACGUCAGUAGAGGUGUCUACAGUGGAAACCUAAACAAAGAAUUAAAUAUUUCAACUCCAGUUGAAAUUAAAUCAAAGGAUGGACCAAGUUCAACAUUUAUUGAUUGCAUGGGAUCUGGAAAUGGUAUGAGAAUUAAUAACAAUCCAAACUUUAUCCUUGAAGGUUUUACUAUCCAAAAAUGUAGUAGUAACUUUGGCGGUGGUUUGUUUAUCAAUGCUAGUCAUGUGACCAUGUCGAAUAUGGUGUUUAGAGACAACUUUGCCUCUCAAGGUGGUGCCCUUGCCAUCCAGUCCAGCUCGGUCAUUGUGUCGCAGUCCACCUUUAUCAACAAUGCCGGUAUCGAAGUUGCCAACGGUGUCCUCGUCAACGACUCGACUGUCAACUUUAUCAACUCGAACUUGCAAUGUGCCAACGACCUCUACUGUAACUCUGGUGCUGUAACAUUUGACGGCAACACCCUGUACUCUAACUCUUCCAUCACCUGUGCCAGUACCAAAGAAUGUCUUGUUACCAACGGUGACAUCUCUGACAGUACCGCCGACGACGAUAACUAUAUCAGUCUUUGUGGAAAGGUUCGUCCAGUUUGUCAAAUUAAUUCAAAUCAAUCAAAUAAUGGUGAUUCAUCAAGUUGUAAUAAUGAUGGAGUUUGUGAUCCAUUGACAGAGAAUUGUUUGACAUGUUCAGAUUGUACUCAAUGCAAAUUGACAGGUUGGAAAUUAGUUUCUAUCGCCGGAUGUAUCCCACCUAUCAAUAACCAAACUGGGUGUUCCAACUCGACCACCAAGAUUCAAACACCAGAGAUUAUCAACUUUAUGCCAAGUGCUCCAUGUCCAGUGGCCGGUAUUCUCAGUUCCUACGUCCGUGUCAAAGAUGAUGGUCCCAUUUCAAUCCGUCUCCAAGCCAAAAACAUGGGUGUCAGAUUAUAUGUAAACAAUCGUAUCCAAAUCGAUGCCUACCUAUCCAACUUGACCGAAGUCGAUACUGUGCGUGAGAUUAGCUUUGUUAAAGCUCAUCCACAUACCAUCCGUCUAGAAUUCUUUUCACUCUUUUCAGAGACUAGAAAUAUUUCCCUUUCUUGGAGAACUUCAAAUAAUGAUCCAUAUCUUCCAAUUGAUGGUUUCAUUUCUCAAAAUGUUUGUAACGAUCAAAUUCUUGAUGAAGAAGAAAAGAAUGAAACCUCUCCAUUUUAUUGUUUAUCUGAUUUACAAUCACUCAAUCCAAAUAAUAUCACGUUUACGUGUGGUGAUGGAUUAUGUACUGAAGUACCAGAGGAAUGUGUAUUUGAUUGUUAUUCAAUUCUUUCACCAAAGUGUCCAGCUCAAGCACCACCAGCUCCAUCUCUUCUUGACCCAGUUGAUACUACUGGAAUGUUGUUGAAUAACCAAUACCUCUUCUCGUUGCCAGGUCUCUCUAAUUUGGCUCAUGGUGUUGAUAUUCUCACUGGUUUGAGCAGAGUGGUACCUAUCUUUGCAUUUGACUAUUGUGACAACUCGACGUUUACACUCCUCCAAAACUCGUAUCGUUACCAGGUAUACACCAUUCCAAAGGGUGUAUAUGCUACAUUGACCCCAUCAUGUAACUACAAUGCCGAGACAACCACCUACUCAUCGUCGACCAGUAUGGCCAGAGAAAAGGCCACUUCUACCAUGUCCAGUCUCGAGGCCAAUGCUGGCGGAGGCAACUCUUUUAUCAAGGCAUCUGCCAACGUUGCAUUUACCAAGGAAAACUCAGUCACCAAGGCAUCCGAGAUUGAAAACAAGAUAUCUGGAUCGUUGCAUAGUACCGAGGUCAAGUGUAUCAUCUCCAAGGUGCAUUUGGUCGACCAAAAGUUGCACCCCAUCUUUGUACGUGAUAUUUCACACGCCAUUGACAAACCUCAAAUGAUCCAAGUUGUCAAAAAGUACGGGAACCUCUACUACAAGUCAGCCUCGCUCGGUGGGAGAUUAGUGCAGUCUACCAUCGUCUCGGAAGACUACUCUAGCAAGACUGACUCGUCUGAAGUGUCAAACAGCAUCGAUCAAAGCUACGGCGCAUCCAUCAACAGUCCCGUUCUCAACGUCCAAGUACAAACCACCAAAUCCACCUCUUCCCAAGUGUCAUCUGAACAAAUGAAAUCAUUUGAAGAAAACUCUCUUCGUACUACCAUCUCUUCGUUUGGUGGUCCCGCCGGUAUCUUCUCACCCGAUCAAGACAAUUCAUUUGCUCGUUUCAGUGAUUGGGCCAAUCAAGUUGAUUUGAUUCCAGUUCCCAUUGAUUUUAAGCUGGAUUAUAUUGCCGAGUUGAUUCCAUCGCAUUGGAAGGUAAAGAAUAGUUCGCAGAGUAUAAGGGAACUUUGGAUGGAUGCAGAGAUUGAAUGGUUUGGACAAGUGUACCCAGACAAGAUCUUUAUCAGUAGAAACAUGACAUUGCUCCAAUUCAACUUCAACGCUGCACCAACUGAUAUUCCCAAUGCCCUCUCUCUAACGACCAUCGCCUACAAUGAGACAACCGAUGUCUAUGAACCAUUGUUGACAUCCAACAACCACACCAUCCACAACACCACCACUGCAUCGGUUGAAGCAGUGUUCCCAUCGAUCAUUGAAAUCAAGUCGUUGGUCGGUCUCAACAUCCCAUCGGCUUGCUUCCCACUGACUAUCAUUGACUCUGCCAUGUCGAGAUCCUACCGAUUCAAUAGUAUUGCCGACACACCCACCUAUGUACCCCACCAAGUUGUUGUAGAGUAUACUGUCGAAUGCGCCGAUUGCACAGACAACACCUACUUGAUGGCGCUGGUCAAGGGUAGCAAAGACACUGUCAAAAAAAUAUUCCAAUGGAAAUCAUUUAAAAACCAAAAGUCAUUCACCGUCAAUGAAUCCACCUAUAUUGGUACUAUCCUCUCUUUGAACCUCCGUAUUGUCAUGACACUCGAAGAAGGAGAAGUAGCCGAAUCAAAAAUCUCGCUCCAAGUCAAGUCGCUUUUGAUCAGCCAAACAUGCGGUGCUCCAAACUCGGAUGGAGUAGAUCAAUCUGGAUGCACACCUGCCAGUGUUCCAUUCACCACCUAUGGUUACACUCAUGUCUACCAACCAAUCGAUGCUAAAAAAGUAUACACUGUUAAAACUAUCAAAUCUUAUAGUACAAUUCCAGUGAUUUAUUAUUCUUUCUAA